UGAGGCUGGCGGACGGCUGGGGACUUCGGCACCAUGCACGCCUUCGGGGCUGGCCUGCUCCUCUGGGCGGUGGCAGCAUGUGUCUGGACAGACGAGCUUCUGCAGGAGCUGGAUGAAACUGGCUUUCAGAAGUGCAGGGAUGCCUUGAAGCUACCUGUCCUGGAAGUCUUACCCGGAGGGGGAUGGGAUAAUCUGCGGAAUAUAGACAUGGGGCGUGUGAUGGAGCUGACCUACACUCGCUGUAGGACCACUGAGGACGGACAGUACAUCAUCCCCAAUGAAGUCUUCACCAUUGCCCAGAAACAGAGCAACCUGGAGAUGAACUCCGAAAUCCUGCAGUCCUGGAUGGAUUACAAGAGCAGCACCUCCUCUUCUAUCAAUUUGGACAUUGCCCUUUAUUCCAAAGUCAAUGGCAAGUUUUCCUCCGAGUUUCAGAGGGUGAAGACCCUUCAAGUGAAGGACCAAGCUGUAACCACUCGCGUUCAAGUCAGAAAUUUGGUCUACACGGCCAAAAUCACCCCGGCCUCAGAACUCACCUGGGAGUUUAAGAAGGAGCUUGUGGACAUCUCCAACCGCCUGGAGAACAACCAGACGAGGAUGGCCACGUACCUGGCGGAACUGCUGGUCCUCCACUACGGCACCCACAUCAUCACCAGUGUGGAUGCCGGGGCAGCUCUCGUCCAGGAGGACCACAUCAGGUCCUCCGUCCUCCAGGACAGCCAGACCAGCCAGAAGAGCUUGACUGCAUCUGCAGGAGUUGUCUUCUCAAAAAUCGUGAAUGCCAAAGUUGAUACUGGGUAUUCCACUGAGGAGGCCCUGAUCAAGGGCUACCUGGCCAACCGGACCAACUCCAGGGUGCUGAGCUUCGGGGGAGUUCCCUUUCACCCGGGCAUCACCCUUGAGGUCUGGCAGCAGGGCAUCCACAACCACCUGGUGGCGGUGGACCGGACCGGCCUGCCUCUUCACUUCUUCAUCAAGCCGGACAUGCUGCCGGAGCUGCCUGGGCCGCUGGUGAGGCAGGUGUCUCAGACGGUGGAAGCAGCCGUGCGGCGCUAUUACACCUUCAACACCUAUCCCGGGUGCACAGACGCCAGCUCCCCGAACUUCAACUUUCAGGCCAACACAGAUGAUGGCUCCUGUGGAGGGAAAACGAGCAACAUCUCCUUCGGGGGCGUUUAUCAGGAAUGCACCCAGUCCUCAGGCAGAGAUCUUGCCCUCUGCCCCAACCUGGAGCAGAAGAAUCCACUCACGGGUAACUUCUCCUGCCCCUCCGACUACACCCCAGUCCACCUGCUGACUCAGACCCACGAGGAGGGCUACAACCACCUAGAGUGUAGAAAGAAGUGCAAACUCCUCAUCUUCUGCAAGAUCGUGUGCGAAGACGUGUUCCGGGUGGCGAAGGCUGAAUUUAGGGCAUUCUGGUGUGCGGCCAGCCGCCAAGCCCCCGGAAACCUGGGGCUUCUGUUUGGGGGUGUCUUCAGCAGUGGGAGUGUAAACCCCACGACAAACGAGCAGUCGUGCCCAGCGGGCUACACGACGCUGAGCCUAUUUGAGACCCUGAAGGUGUGUGUCACUCAGGACUACGAGCUGGGGUACAGGUAUUCCGUCCCCUUCGGCGGGUUCUUCAGCUGUGCGGUGGGGAACCCCUUGGUAAACUCUGCCGUGUCUGGAGACCUCCAGAAAAAGUGUCCGGGGGGCUUCAGCCAGCACUUGGCCCUCAUCAUGGACGGAUGCCAAGUGUCCUAUUGCGUUAGGGCGGGGGCGUUUACUCGGGGGUCCCUGGCUCCCGCCAGGCUCCCACCCUUCACCCGGCCACCCCUCAUGAGCCAGGCCUCCACCAACACCGUCAUGGUGACCAACGGCGAGAGCUCCAGCUCUUGGAUCAGAGAUUCCCGGACGCAGCGCUGGAGGCUGGGAGAGCCGCAGGAGCUGCGCAGAACCAUGAGGAUCAUCCGCGGGGAGCGAAGUGGGCUGUCCGGGGGGGCGGCAGUGGGCGUCUCGGUGGCCAUCACCACCCUCUUGGCGGCUCUCAUCGCCUUGGCUUUCUAUGGCGUCCGGAAGCGCAAGAAUAAAGGGUACCAGGUGAUCGAGGGCGAGAGGGAAAGUUUGGUUACAGAGAUUACAGCUGCCAGAAACAUCCCUGAGCUAGAGCCCGAGCAAAGUCCAGCCUAACUCUCUCCCGGACACAGUUUCUGUCACCUCCAACCACAGAUGCACGCCGGUCUCUCGUCCCUUCCCUCUCCGCUUCUGUCUUCCCACACAAGGAAGUACAGGUGGAACAGCAGGCAGGUACAACUUUGUGACUUCUUGUUUGGAUCUCAGGGCCAGCAAGUUAAGAAGCCCCAAGGACAAGGUAGGCGGUGGGGAGACGGAGCAACCGUGACCGGUUAAGCACAGGCCACCUGGGACUAAAACCUAACGGGCUGUCUGCUCUCAGUAUUCACGUGCAUGGUCUUCACUUGGUGCGUGUUUAAAAAGGAGGGAGGCUGCAGACAUUUGAAUUUGGAAAUGAAGCUCGCAGGCGUUCUUCAUUUAACUGUGAGAAUUUCUGCCUGUAAGCACCACCUGCCUUCUAUUUGUGCUUUUAGAUGCUGCUGUAUUUUAUGCACCUGGGGUCGUGCAACGAUACAGGAAGCCCUGUGUGGCCUCUGCUUUGAGGGCUUCAUGCUGACCCCUUGGGAAAGAUGUCGUCCACCUAGUUCCACAGUUAGGACUUACUCUGGGACUUCUGACUAGAGUCACCAAGUCCUCUGGAAAUAUUUUAACUGACAUGCUCCUGUUCGCAGGGCAAGGGCAAAGGGAUGGUUAGGAAAGGCAGAGUAAAAGUUAAAAAAAAAGAAAAAAAAAAAAACUCGGGUGCUGGGGAGAAACUGGAAUUCUUAGCCCACUGAUUCCUUUUUCUCAUCUCAUUAUGAACCAGGCACUGGAAGGAGAGGUGAAUUUGGACAGGCCAACAGUUCUGCUUUCAUGUUCUGUGUUGCAAAAAAACCCCAACAAAA